CACUGGUUUGUUUACAUUGACAGGCGCCGAGGAGGGAGAGAGGCGAGGCGUGACACGAAGGAAUGGAGGAAAAUAAUUAAAACAGCGACGAAGAGGAGAACAUUAAGAAGCCAAGGCAGUGAGAAUGGACGGAAUAUAUUAAAGGGAGCACCAAGGAGUAUAGAGGACGAGAAUACUUACUGACACGUGACACAGCGCCGCCCACCGCCUACUGACAACGAUGGAGUUGGCUUACAAAAUAUCAAACCGGCAAGGACACUUCACCCUGCCUACCACAUGGAUGCCCCAGGAGGCUGCGGCGCGACAGAGAGUGGCAGUGGUCGCUGUGUUCGGGCGGAGCUCCCUGGACGCUGGGGGGUGCAAGGCGGCUGCUCUGGAGGCGAUGGUGGGGCAACGCAUCUUCAACAGGGACCUGACGCACCCUAUACAUGUGGACCAAAGGACGCUGACAGGCGUUGAUGGAUAUUAUGAUGUUGGGCGUCGCACCGUCUACCUGCACCUCACAGCUGCCUACGACACCUCUACCCUCAUUGCAUCCCUUGAACAUAUGCAUCAGCUCUUGCAGGAGAAGGGGUUCUUGAUGGCCUGGUCCAGUCUCAAGUUAGGGUUUGCCAAGAGCCUGCUGGUGCUGUUCUCUGUGUCCCAUAUCCUGCUGCUCUGCCACCCCACCCACACCUUUGACGUCACCUACAUACAUCUCUUCAGGACCCUGGACGCUAUACGGUCCAAGGCACACAACCACCUCUCAGAACUCCUGCGUACCGUCCCAGGCAUCAGCAAGGAUUGGGUAGCGUUUGGCCGCCUGUGUGCCCCUCGCGUACUCUUCCUCUUCUCCGCUCGCCUCCUGCCUCCUCAGAUCCGGGGCAGCGCGGAGGACGGGGCAGCUCACAGGGUCCGAGGCGGCGGGGGUCGCUGUUCCGCCCCUUCCAGCCCUCUACGGAACCUGGAACUAGCUCUUGAGGACCAAAUAUAUCGUCUUCUCCGCAAAAGUCGGGUCAUCACAAAUAUUAGUGCCAACUCUCUCUUUGCGCUUCCAAACAACCAAGCAUAUGUUUACAUCAUGGAGGAACCGCAGCCUGGCACCGCAGCCCCCCCCCUCAUCGCUGCCACCCUGCACUCGCUCUGUGGCACCCCAUCGGCCCCCUCCACACCCUCUGCUGGUGAUAGCUUGGCGGCCGACCUCACCCACCUCAGCCUGGGUAUGGCGGGGGGGCGGGGGCAGAGUGUUGGUGGCGGACGGCAGGACCCGACCUCAGCCACCACCGCCAAUGGGCUAAGCGCUUCAAUUCUCUCCGGCGUGGCAACGGAACGGAAGAGGAACCUGGAGCACAGUUUCGCCAUCUUCCUCCAGCAGCACAUCGACCAGGCACUGGGGAAGGGAUUUGACGACAAUGUGGGUAGGCAUUCCGGACCCCUCUUCUUCAUGGUGCCAAGAGCGAAUGUGUGGUUCGAGGCUGUCAACAAAAUCUAUAAUUUCUUCGUGUCGGAACCAUCGGAGAAGGACACCAAGGCUAAGCAGGUCAUGAGCAGCCUACAGAACCUGGUGGAGACUGAGGUGAGGUUCUCGGCUGCCCGCUGCGCCAAGAUUCUGCCCCUCGCUCUCUCCACCUACAAGGAUGGCCUGCCUCCCCACUACACCCAGCUACACCACCAGGAGAAGCUGGUCAUGGCUCUCACUGUCCUCAGCGGGCAGGCGAGGGGCCCAAUGUAUGAGGAGUAUGUGUCCCAGUUGGAGGAGGCGUGCGAGAGGGUGUGGCGAGAUGGGAGGAUGGGAUGUGAGGUGCUGUCCCUGUCUGGUAACACUUGUCAGCACCCUCGACACAACACGGCCUCGGAGGGUGACGGGGAGGGCGUGGAGAGGGGCCUUCCAGUCAUGCCACACAGCUCCGGCGUCACCUACAUCAGCUUUUGCAACUGUGGACGCCGGCAGGGACAACGCGAGGACCCCUUCACUGUGCACGACGCCAACCACCUCUUCUACUCCCUCCUGGCCGACACCUGUUGCACGCGUCUUGAGGCCAUCACCUUCCCCACCUUUAAGCCCAGUGUGUCCAAUGCCAGAGCCGCCAAGGUCUCCGGCUCCGAGGAUGACGACAGCGACACAACCACCACCAUCACCACCACCACCACAGCCUCCACCGCGACCUCUGACCUCCCCCGCAGUGACAUAGACGCCCCAGCCCAGCAGCUCCUACCCCGCGACCCCACUGACUCCGGCACCCCCCACACUCCCGGGCUUAGUCUGGGGGGGGUCGGGGGGCUGAGUGGGAGUGUGUGCGGCGGGGCGACAGCGGGGCGGAUGACCGGGGGCGAACAUAGCCACGGGGGCGGGUCGCAAGUGGUGAUUACGUUGACUAAGGAUGAUGUGCGGAUGAUUGGAAAGGACCGAGGGAUCAUCCGGCAGGCAUCCACUACCGAAUAUCUACCGGGCAUGCUGACAACCGCCUCGCCGUCCGGUCUACUGGCCCAAUACUCCUCCUGGGCCCUCACCUGUCUCGGACCAUCCUCCCUGUACUCCCAUAACGCUGGUAUAUGCGACCAACCCGGCUUCCUCCCCGGGACCAAUUUCCUCCUGCCGUGGGAUGUGACGGUGAAGAUUGAGGACAGGGAGAAGUGGCCGGCUAUUGCGGACACCCUCGGCAAGAAGGCUCUGCUCCUCAAGAACAAGAAGAACAGAUGUGGAGACCUCCACGAGUUCUCCGUCAAGAUCUUCCUGGGCGUGGAAUACGAGUGCAAAGGGGGACAUCGAUUCAUGCUGGCUUCCCCUGACCGUCACCUGAAGGCCUCUCCGUCAGGGCUCGUAAAGGAUAAUGCCACCAAGAUCGCCAACGCUGACAUGCCCCUGUACUUCCCGUGUCCGUGCAGUCGCAGCGGUGGGGGCAUCAUGAACGGACAGCUGAUGAGGCUCCACAUCGUCACCCCGAAGGCUCCCGUUAACGUCACUCUCUCGCCACAAGUUCAACCAGCGCCCGACCCCUGCCCGCGAUUCAUCCCUCAACCACCUACGUCACUCCCGGUCAAGCUCUCGGCCUCCGCAUACUGGGUUCUCCGCCUACCCUAUGCCUACGUCGGGGAUCAGGGGCCGCACUACCCCCCAGACCCACGCCAGCCCACGCCGCCCUCAUAUGCAAGGCUUCAUAAGGGUUGUUACGGGAUAUCGCAGGUGACGCUGGAUAGGUGAGGUGUGGGUGCGCUCGGUUGUGGUUUGUUUUGGUCUCCCUGUGAUGUGGAGGGGAAAGGGAGAAGGAAGGAAGGAAGGUUGAAGAGGGAAGGGAGUUUAUGGAAGUAGGGAGGAAGGAAGGAAGGAGAGGAAAGGGAGUUAUGGAAGGAGGGAGGAAGGAAGGAAGGAAGAAGAGGGAAGGGAGGAGAGAUUGGGAGAGAUCAUGAGGGAUUGGAGACAGAAGGGAGGAAAGGAGGAGAAAAAAGGGAGAGAUAUGAGAGGGAGAGGGAAAAGAUAGGGAGAUAAUGAGGGAUUGGAGACACAAGGGAGGAAAGGAGGAGAAAAAAGGGAGAGAGAAAAGAAAGGGAGGAAGAAAGAUGAAAAUGGGAGGAGAGAAGAGAGAGAGAGAGAGAGAGAGAGAGAG